GUGUUACAGUGAAAUCGCUCCGGGUUCGAAGUGGGUGAAAGGUCCGGUCAGGCUCUUCUGACUGCUGUCAGGUCACAAAUACCUCUUAAGACAGGCCUUAAACACAAUAGCAAAAUGUCCAAGCAGCCGCAGCCAAUCAGUCCGCUGAAGAACUUCUUCGCCGGGGGGUUUGGAGGGGUCUGUCUCGUCUUCGCUGGACACCCCCUGGAUACCAUUAAAGUGCGUUUACAGACUCAGCCAAAGCCAAAACCUGGAGAGAGCCUUCUCUAUGCCGGGACAAUUGAUUGUUUCAAAAAGACAUUGGCCAAAGAGGGAGUUAAAGGUCUUUAUAAAGGCAUGGCUGCCCCAAUCAUUGGAGUAACGCCAAUGUUUGCUGUUUGCUUUUUCGGAUUUGGCUUGGGCAAGAAACUGCAGCAGAAACACCCUCAGGAUAUCCUUACGUAUCCACAGUUAUUUGCUGCUGGCAUGUUGUCUGGCAUUUUCACCACAGCGAUUAUGGCUCCAGGCGAGCGAAUCAAAUGCCUACUACAGAUUCAAGCAUCCACUGGGCAUGUGAAAUACAAUGGGCCGAUGGACUGUGUCAAACAGUUGUACAAAGAGUCCGGCAUCAGAGGCAUCUACAAAGGCACAGCUCUGACCCUCAUGAGAGAUGUACCAGCCAGCGGCAUGUACUUUAUGUCCUAUGAGUGGUUAAAGAACCUCCUCACGCCACCGGGAAGAAGCCCCUCUGAAUUGAGUGUUCCUAGUGUCCUGUUUGCUGGAGGUAUGGCAGGUAUCUUUAACUGGGCAGUGGCCAUUCCCCCGGAUGUCCUCAAGUCACGCUUCCAGACAGCCCCUGAAGGAAAGUACCCAAAUGGAUUCCGGGAUGUUCUGCGUGAGCUAAUCAGAGAGGAGGGCAUAGGCUCCCUGUACAAAGGCUUCAAUGCAGUCAUGCUUAGAGCUUUCCCUGCAAACGCUGCGUGCUUCUUAGGUUUUGAACUUGCAAUGAAGUUCCUGAAUUGGUUAGCGCCAAAUCUGUGAUGAAGGUUCUGUGCCCUCUGCUGUGAACAUGUGAGAAUCUAGUCUCAUCAACACCACAACAAAAACGUUUUAUUACUUUUAAUUUUAUUGAGAACUUCUGUAUAAUAGUUGUUUUUCGCCUGCUUUGCUACAGACUUCUUCACACUAACGGACACACGAAUGUUUCAUUCUUUGCUUUAUGUCCUGUCUUCAUCACUAUAAGAUGUUUUUUUAUACAAACUGGUCUGGGUGCACUGUGCCUUACCUUUUCAGCGCCUUACCAGAAAAAAGGUGCAAUUUGUCUUGAAUCUGAGCAAUACAACCCUGUCUCACUACCUUACAAAUGUCUUAUGUAAAACUGAGUUUAAUUUACAGUGUACAAAUCUGCAGGAAUAAAAUGAACUAAGAACCAC